AUGUACAUGCGCUCGGACUUUGCAGCUUUGCGUGUAAGGAAAGACGUGAAUGAGUUGUCUAAAGCCAAGUUCACUUGCAGUCAAGCAAAGACCCGUGUAGAUUUUCCCGAUGGAGCGAACAAUAUGCUGCAGAUUAUUUUUACAAUAGCGAUUGCCGAUAUAUCAGGUCCAUUUGCCAACGGAGAUUUUACCUUUUUCGUCGAGAUUCCAAAGACAUACCCUUUUCAUGCUCCUAGCGUAACGUGCUUAACGAGGGUGUGGCAUCCCAACAUUGACAUGGCAACGGGCAAGGUUAUGAUGCCAAUACUGGGUAAAGAUUGGCGCCCUGUACUAAGCAUCAAUACCGUCUUGCUCGGAUUACAGUUAAUUUUUCUUGAGCCCGGCAUCGAAUAUGUCCUCAACCCUGAUGCAGCCGAGCAAUUGCAUCAACACCCGGAGCAGUUUAAGAAGGAAGUGCAGCAAAUCCUCUGUGGAGGAAAAUUCCACGGUGUUGAGUUUCCGUCUCAUCCACGGCAAAUCGAAAAACAGCGUUAUGGAUGGGGGUUGCGAGUGAAACGCCCUCGUGAUGAUGACUUGCUUGUAAACAACGAAUGGGACGGUGUGGCAAGCCCGAAUGCGAGCGAUAGCAUCAGUAUUGAGGCUCCAGAGCUCACGGAUUGCAGUGGCUACUCGGCUUGGAAACGGACGCGAAUUGAGUAA